CCAAGCGUCCGUCCGCGCGCACAUCCCAUCCCAUCCCACCCCAUCCCAUCCCAUCUGCCCGGAUGUUUACGUAACAACGCCGUCGCCUCAGACAGGGGUCAGAAAGCGGACUGGGCACGCGCUACGACAUCUUUUUUUUAUUUUGCAUUUUUAUUUUUGCAAUAAUGUCUCUUUAACCCGGAGGCGCGCGAGACAUCCGUCACAUUCCUUCAUACUGGAUUACAUAUAAAUAUAUAUAUUUUUCUACGUUCUGGUCGCGCGACCACAUGUAGCACAUCCUUUUUUUUUUUCCUAUUUGUAUUUUUUUGAUGAUUGGUGAUAAACCCAUCCCGUAGCCGCGGCCGCCCCCCACAGUCCUGACACCGAGUCUCCCCGGUGAUGGAGUACGCGGGUGGAGCGACCGGAGCGCUCCCGUGGCGGUGGCCGAGCCCUCGCGCGAGGAUGCUCUGGAUGUAGAGGACGCCGCGCUCCUGUGUGUGAGUGUGAGUGUGUGUAUGCACGCGCGUGUGCGGGAAUAAAAUAUGGGGAAAGAUCAGGAACUAUUGCAGGCGGUGAAGACUGAGGACCUGCUCACGGUGCAGAGGCUACUGCAGAGACCCAAACAGGGCAAAUCCAAGCUCCUGGGUUCAGCCAAGCGGAUCAACGUGAAUUUUCAGGACACAGACGGAUUCUCGGCUCUUCAUCAUGCUGCUUUAAACGGUAACGUAGAGCUGAUCGCACUGCUGCUCGAGUCCCAAGCCGUCGUUGAUAUCAAAGAUCAGAAAGGGAUGCGGCCACUGCACUACGCUGCCUGGCAAGGAAAAUGCGAGCCAAUGAAAAUGCUGCUAAAGGCGGGAUCUUCGGUCAACAGCCAAUCAGAUGAGGGACAGAUUCCGCUGCACCUCUCAUCCCAACACGGCCAUUACGAUGGAAGCGAGAUGCUGUUGCAGCACCAGUCCAACCCCUGCAUCAGAGAUCAGGCUGGAAAAACCCCUCUGGACCUGGCCUGCGAAUUUGGACGCGUCUCGGUGGUGCAGCUGCUUCUGAACAGCAAUAUGUGUGCCGCGAUGUUGGAGCCGAAGCCUUCAGAUCCCAACGGCAUCAGCCCUCUUCACCUGGCCGCCAAAAACGGACACAUCGACAUCAUCAAGUUACUAAUCCAGGCUGGCAUAGACAUAAACCGACAGACGAAAUCUGGAACGGCCCUGCACGAGGCUGCACUCUGCGGAAAAACCGACGCUGUUCGUCUUCUUUUAGACAGCGGUAUUAGUGCCAGUGUGAGGAACACAUACUGCCAGACGGCACUGGACAUCGUAAACCAGUUCACCACCACACAGGCCAGCCGAGAGAUUAAACAGAUGCUGAGAGAUGCCUCAGCAGCCAUGCAAGUAAGGGCUCUCAAAGACUACUGCAACAACUACGACCUGACGAGCCUCAACAUCAAAGUAGGCGACAUCAUCACGGUCCUGGAACAGCACUCUGAUGGCCGCUGGAAAGGCUGUAUCCAUGACAACCGGACCGGGAAUGAUCGUGUCGGCUACUUCCCCUCCAACAUGGUGGAGGUCAUCAAGAGGGCAGGACCCUCUACUCAGCAGUAUCUUAAGAUACACAUCCGUCCGCCGGCAAUUUCCUCAGUUGCCAUGGUGAACGGUGACUCCCACAUUCUCUCUCUUCCCCUGAACUCCCUGCCCCCUAUUCCCUCCCUGAUCUCUUCCCAUCAGCCCCUGUUCACCUCAUUCGGGUAUAACACACCCACCUGCAGCUCAUUUGUGUUCGAACCGCCCUCCUCGCGCUCAGAAGGGCCGAAAAGAGAGACAGGUUCACGAGGUUCUGUGUCCAGCCCCCAUGGCUCCCCGACAUUAAGUGGGCAGCAAAGCAGUUCCAGUGAGGAAAUCUGGGUCCUGAGAAAACCUUUAGCAGGUGCUGGCAGUACAGGGAGUCUGACCAGUGGGCGAUCUUCAGUCAGUGGUCCAGCAGACAACGCUAAUGCACAUCUUGCAAGCUCACCAGUGCCCGCCCCAACCACCCCAACGCAUUCUCCAGUGCUUAACACACAUGGCGUAAAUGUUCCUGGGCUGCACGCCCAAGCAGAGGGGGUAAAGCUGUUGGCCACUGUGCUGUCCCAGUCUGCCAAAGCAAAAGAACAUCUCCUGGAGCAGGACCCCAGUGCAGCUUCCUCACAACUUACCCAGAGUGCACCUGGUGGUCCACAUCCAGAAAAGAAAAAAAAAUUUGUGGAUCCUUUACUACAGAGAAAAGACAGUGCUGCAACAGAAAGCAAGAGCUCAGAAGCCGUGGCUGAAUGGCUUACUAGCGCUCAGCUGCAGUUUUACACAACAAACUUCCUGACAGCUGGUUAUGACCUCCAGACCAUCAGUAGGAUGACACCAGAGGAUCUCACAGCAAUUGGGGUGACAAAACCUGGCCACAGGAAAAAGAUGCUGUCUGAAAUCACCAAGCUGAGCAUUCCUGACUGGAUACCUAAAGAGAAACCAACCAGCCUAGCCGAGUGGUUGUCACUGAUUGGACUCAGUCAGUACUAUCAGACUCUUGUCCAGAAUGGCUAUGACAACAUGGAUUUUGUCAGUGACAUCAGCCUGGAAGACUUACAGGAGAUUGGCAUCACCAAGCUGGGACAUCAGAAGAAGCUAAUGUUAGCUGUUAGCCACCUGGGAGAGCCUCUAAAAGAGGAGGAUGUUUACAGUAAGGAAAGGCAAUCAACCGAAAGCACAACUUUGAAACACCAUGCUGCUCCAGAAUCCACCCCUGCUCCAAAAACACGGCGAGGAAUGGAAGGGCAUGGCUCUCCUCGGCACACCACACAUGGGCGAGGUAUACAGAGAGCAAAUGCCCCGCCUCCUUUAAAAAAGCCUUUUUCAUGCAGCAGUCCAUCCCACACGCCUCCACAUACGCCCACUAAAGUCAAAAGCUCCUCCCCUCGCUCGAAUUCUCAAGCCCGCCCAGUCCCUUUGCUCUGCCUUCCCCAAGAAAGCCCAGCUGAGGAAGAUGAAGAUGGCACACCUCCUUUACCCAGACGAAAAGACCCGCCAUUUCCCGACUCAUCCAUGAAGUAUGCUACGGUGAGUGGAAGCAGCCGUAGUGUGUCCUCCCUGGAUGUUGGAGGAGUAAACCGUAGCCAGUCCUUCGCUACCACCCGACCUCGCAGAAAGACACGCCCUCCAACACCGCCAAAGCGAUCUUGCUCCUCCAUCUCCACAGGGAACCUGCAAAAUGAAGAUGGAGUUAACCAAGGAGAGCAUUGUGAUUCAUUUCUUAGCGUGACCUACAGAGAACGGCGCCGGAGUGACUGUGGCCCUGCAUCCGAAUCGGGGGUUUUAGGAGGAAGCGUUCGAGACAUUGCUGCUAUGCUGGAAAUGUCUACAUUAGGAGGCAUAAGUGCUACUAAGAAUUACUUACAGGCAAGCCCGGACAUCCUCAGACGAAACCGUGAUGCUCUGAGUUUAGAUGAAGAGAUCCAGAAUCGCCGUCGCACCAUCAGUGGCCCCUUAACUGAUUAUGAGAACCCCGUUGCACAGCAGGAUGGCACCCAGCAAGAAGUUACAAAGCAUCCACCAAUUACUGACGAAGCAGUUGAAAACCUCCCUGUGAGACGAACCCCAGAGCCUCGCCCACGCUCCAUGCUCACUCAAGAAGAGUGGUCACGUGUGGAUGCCACGGCCACCCUGAGGAGGCCCCGCCCACCUCACGACUCAGCUGACGAGAGAUUCCAGCUUACAGAGACCAGCACUGUGAGACGACGGCCAAAAGUAAUAGCUCCCUCUCAGAGUGAUGAUGUAGCUGCAAAUGCUCCAGAUACUACUAUUUGUGUAAGACCUGUAUCAGCGGUGGAAAAUUUAUAUCGGGAAGGUGAUAUGAGUGACGAGUUCAGGCGAGCACUGAAGCCCCCAGUUUCCCCUAAACCAGCUGUGGGCCCCAGGAAGCCUGAGCCUCCUACACCAACUCGGAGAGUCCCACUUCCAGGACCAGAAAACCAUCACAGCACAGCGGAGAUUAAGAAAGUUCCACCGCCUGUGUCUCCAAAGCCAAGCCCUCCUCCUACGCUUCCAAAGCCAAUCAAAAUUAAGCCCUUACCAACACACACAAUUACCCCACCCAGUGACCUAAAUACACACCCCACCUUGCCUAACAUUCUCCAUGAGCAAGUGGAGCAUUCUAUACUCAGUCCAUCAAGCUCACAACCCGCAGAAUCUCACACUUUGUCCCCACGACCUUUAACAUCUCCAGUUCAGAGCCCACAAACCCCACAAACUCCUUCUACCCCAGGGUGCGGAUCUGCACCGGUCAAACCGCCGAGGUCUUCCAUGGCAGGGCAGUCAAUGGACAUUCCCAGCCCUUUUGAGGCAGAGCCUCGAGAGGUUGAAAAAUACAAUGAUGAGGAUGAGCAGCAGAGACAGAAGGAAGCAGUGGUUAAGAGGCAAGAGAUGGAAAAUAACAUUGAGGUCACAAGGCCUACAGAGGGAUCAGGGCAGAUGAUAAUCAGGCGCAGGAAAGUGGGUGUUGCCAGACAGAUGCCGAUUGAGACUGAAAGUGAAAGUACUACAGAAGAUGAAUGUGUAAUUGCAGAGAGAAUUCGACAGGGGGCGCCAAAUGCCACAGGAACAGAUGAAGCCAGAGACGAAAGAAUAAACCAGAGAUGGCUGGAUGAGACCAGUGCCUCCUUAGCUGCAGCGUUUGAGGUUGUAGAGGAAACCAUCAUGACUGAAGACAAGUCUGCAAAAGAGAAUAAAAGCACAGUAAACAUUCUUGAUGACAUUGGAAGCAUGUUCGAUGACCUUGCUGACCAGUUGGAUGCCAUGUUGGAUUAAAAAAAAAAAAGCACAACAUAAAAUACUAGAAAAGCACAGCAUAGUCUUCAUCUGAGCACUGGAUCUGUCAAAUGAUCAAGCUAACGCAAGGAAACACGAGAAACAAUACGAUAAACACAGAAUUGUUGAUUUGUACGUCACAGAUAAAAUGUAUGGAUCAUCUGGAAGGCUUAGCUCAUGGGUUUCAAUUGUUAAAUUCCGAACCAUUCAUGUUCGGUGAAGAUUUUGGAGCCGGGACUGCUCUCAUGCCGCUUCCAGAGAUAAGCACAAUUAAAUGCUAAACUAUUUAAACAUUGUUAAGGUCAAGAAAUGCUAGCAAUGUGUCAGAGUGUGUGUGUGUGUGUGUGUGUGUGUGUGUGUGUGUGUGUGUGUGCUUAUGUUUGUACUAUGUUUGGGCUUUCCUUCACUGGUGAUCAACAUGUGUGUAUUCAUUUUUCAAUAAUAAUUGGAAACAUCAUUUUUUUGUGCUUUAAUGUGAAACCAUCUACAAGGUUUGGCAAUUAUUCAGUUUCAAAGGGGAACAUGUGACAAAAUUAGAAAAAAUUUAAAUGAUGUUUUAAGGAAUAAGGUUGAAAAACAUUAGCUAGCUAAAAGUAUAACAAAAAAGAAUGACAAGCCAUUUAAUGGGUUCCCCUUUGAAUCCAUAUUUUAAAGCAAAAAAAAAAAGAGAUAUUGUGAUCCUUAUGUUGUCACCGUAGUUGUUUGUGUGCGUGAAUGUGUUUAAUUGUGUAGUUUCUGCAUUGACAAAUCCCAAAUUUAAGCAGAUACAGCGGUGUAGUUUAUGAUUUAUCAUUAAUAGAUGCUGUGUGAUGUAGUGUAAAUGUGACAUAUAGGUUACAGAGUAGGAUUUGGAAUGCAACAAAGCGCCCAUUCAGUCCCAAAUAAUGUGAACGAGAAUUACGGGCCGCAUUCAGAGUCCAAAAUUCAUGCAGGGAAAGUUACUCAUAUUCAGAGUCAAGUUACACACCUGCCUAAGUCCAAGUUCUGAUUGUGAGCCAUUCAAAUGAUUCAAAAUCACCUGGGUUUAGUUGUGUAGUUAACGCCAGAGGUCGAGCGAAAGUGGAUUUUACCGAUACCGAUAGGAUCGUACUUGCUACCGAUUAUUCAAACCGAUGGUUUCAAAUAGAUACAAAAAACUCCAUGUAAAAUUGUACUGAACUUUAUUACAAAAAGUUAAAUAAAUAAAAUACAUUAAUUAUAUCAAAAAAUAUUAAGGGGAAAUAAAAGACGUGUUUAAACCGAAACAAAAAGUUAUAAAUAAAAUUAGUUACAUCCAAAGCGUGGUCGCUCUCAUACCAUAUAACACAACCCGGAAAAACUAUAUCGGUAUGGAUUUUCGCUGAUAGUUGACAGUUCCAGCAAUCAACUAUUUGUGCUGAUUAAUAGCAAAACCAAUCGGUUCACCUCCAGCUAACACCUUUAAGGUUGCCAGAUGUUUCUUAAGUAGAUAUUUUUUCACAUGUUCCAGUUCACUGUAUUAUUUUACAUUGUAUUUUUAAAAAAUUGUUCUCAGAAUAUUAACCGUGUGCAAGAUUUAACGUGAUAUUGAACAGAGGCCAUGAAAUCUCAACAUCUGGACAGAAUGAAAAUUAAUUUGAAUGAAUAAACACGACAAUAUUUGAUAAUCCAAUUACAAUUAUAAAGAAAAAAUGAAGGAUAAGAUGCCACAAUUUAUGCUAGGUGCUGUAAACAGCGUCUCUGAUUAAGAUGCGUCUCCUCCAAUGUCAUCCAUUAAGAAAAAAAUCGUAGCUUGAGUUUUAGGUAAACUCUGUGUACAAUUACACUCUAUAUGAGCAAUUUCAAUAGUAAAUCAGUACUUAAGUCUGAAUACAACCCCCUGAAUGCGUGUUUAAAAUGCAAAAAAAUAAAUAAAAAAAAUGAUAUAAGUAUUUUUAUGUUUUGCAUAUGCAGUGGCCCACUGGAGAGAGCUUGCUGUCCAGACAGUAGUGGCCAACAGAACAUUGUUUAGUGACAUGUUCUCUAAUUACAGAGCAAUAUUUCUAUCAACUCUCCAUGUUGGUAAUUUUAGUUUUAUGACAAUCCUUUAUCAUAUUUGUUUAAUUCUGCUAAAAGUAAACAUUAGCAAGUUAAACCUUAUGUCCUGUAAAAAUAUAUAAAUAUAAAUAUAUAUAUAUCUAUAUAUGUAAUAUUUGAGUUAUUUUGUGUACAUGCUCGACUGGAUAAUGUGUUUAACCCCGGUGAAAUGAUCCUUGGAGACAGCGUCCAUGAAAAGCAUAUUGAGAGUUAUGUGGAAGUACGAUAAAUAAACUUUAUGAAUUAUGGA